CGUGGGUGAUAGUAACGUACAACGAUGGUUGGCCCUUACUGCGCCUCCAGGGGGUUUCUAGCAACUCUGACUCUACUAUGGCUCUCAUCUUUGUGUUGGACCGAAACCUGUCCGUCGUACCAGGUCGGUGAACAUGGAUCCCAGCAGCGGCGAAAAGGGAUUAACGGAAACACUGUUUACAUCAACACUAUUGACUCUGCACCUUGUGCUGGAGAAGUGUACGGAUGGCGACUCUGUUUUAUGUCCGCUAAUGCUGGGACUAGGCUACAGAUGUCUAUGUAUCGUGAAGACGGUGACAGCUACCCUAUCGUCAAUGGAAGUGUCUAUGACCUGACUCUCCAGACUGGUAUCUUUUCAUACAGUUGCCUGGACAGGUUCCUUGAAGAGUCGGACCAUUUUUCUAUUGAGCAAGGAGAUAUGGUGGCUGCAUGUUGGAGCAGUCGCAGUAGAGUCAACAUUUUCAGCCAGAAUGACUCAAAACAGUUAGUUUCAGGUGGCUCUUGCUCCCAGGAUGUGAUUAAUCAACAUAGUCAAACAGAUAACCGAGAAAUCUUACUUUCAGCCUACAUCAAUGUAAAUGAAUGCCUACUUGGAGAGGCCAUGUGUCACAAUAAUGCUGCAUGUUCUGAUGUGGUGGGAGGAGAGAACAGCUACAACUGUACCUGCAAUCUUGGAUUCACUGGGGAUGGAUUCUCUUGUAUUGUUAAUGGUGGGAUGGAAGGUAGUGAAAACAGUACUUCUGAAGGUGAUGGUGGAGGUGUCAGUGGAGGUGUGGUGGCAGGAGUUGUGGUGGUUCUUCUUCUGGUUGUGGGAGCACUGGCUGUGGCAGCUGGUCUGGUUGGCUGGGUCCUCUACAGGAGAAAGAGGCUGGGCCAACAACAACUAACAGCAGGCACACUCAACAGUAUUGACAAUGAGGUAUAUGGGAAGCACUACGAGAUGGCACCAGACUACAAUGCCACCCCAUACGAGGUCCCUCAAGAGAGCCUCAGGAAAGAUGGGUUCAGUUCACAACAUUUCCAACCAGAUCUCGUCUAUGAGACAACUGCAGGGGCAAACAUUUACGCCUCACCUGCUCCACCUCAAGAAUCCUCAUUCAUCUAUGAGCUCCCUGGGAAUAUAUAUGAGCAGACGGUGGCUGCUGAGAAUAUCUAUGAGUCUGCAAGUCCGUAUGAAUGUCCGUCUCAGGAUGAAACUGGUCUCUACGAACAGAUCAGAUCAUAUAGCAUCAAUGUCAUAUCACGUAAAGAUAUCAAAAUCCUUUCCCACCUGGGGUGUGGUCAGUUUGGGUCUGUUAAUAAGGCACAGUGGACUAAUGGUCGAAGACAAACGACUGUGGCAGUGAAGACUCUGACAGACUCGGCCAACACUGUCAAGUUUCUCCAGGAGGCAGCCAUCAUGGCCCAGUUCAGACACCCCAACAUUCUCACUCUACAUGGAGUAGUCAGUGCUGGCCACCCAAAAAUGAUAGUUGUGGAGCUGAUGAACAAUGGAGACCUCAAGGAGUAUGUGACUCGUAUGAGACCUGACCCAGGGCAGCUAGUGGGAGAUAAUGUACCACAUCAACUACUGGACUUCUCCAAACAAGUGGCUCUGGGUCUCCACUACCUCUCGUGCAGGGGAUUUGUCCACAGAGACUUGGCUGCCAGGAACAUACUGGUCUCCAACAUGACUUGCAAGAUAUCCGAUUUUGGAAUGUCGAGGGAUCUGGCUGAUGAGGAUAUCUAUGUGUCUCAUGGAGGAGUGAUCCCAAUGCGCUGGACUGCCCCUGAGGCCUACACUCAUAAGAGAUACUCCACAGCCAGUGACGUGUGGAGCUAUGGCUGUGUCCUCUACGAGAUAUGGAGUCUUGGACACAAGCCUUUUGAAACGACCCAAAUCAGAAAAGUUUGUAACCUGUUACUGUAGCCUUUACCAGGGGAUUGCAGUAUUAAACAAUUAUCCUGAGUUUAGGGGAUGAUCUUCCACUGAGUAAUUAUUAAGAUUGGUACAAGAAACCCAAAACUUAAUGUACAAUGUUUUUAAGUUCCAAGAGGGGUUGACUUGGAGGGGGCUGACCCUAUGGUGUGCCACAAGUAAGCUAAUGGGGACAUUGAACAGUCAUUGACACUAAUCUAUUUGCCAACACACAGAUCCCACAGUUAGUGAGUAAAGGCUACCGACUCCCUCCACCUUCUGGCUGCCCCAAGACAAUCUACAACCUCAUGAUAGACACAUGGCACCCAGAUUCAUCGAGCAGACCUCAACCGAGGGAUGUGUUGAAGGGUCUUCUGGGGAAUGUUGAGCAGGUACUGGCUAUACCUCCUGAAGAUGUGCCAGCUGACAGCCAGGCUGCUGUCCUGGGAGCUCCUCUGGACAGAGCCUCUCGUCUCUACCAAGACCUUCAGAAUACUUACACUGUGUAGCUCACUCUGAAACUGGUGUACAUGUACAGUAUACAUUCCAGCCUUUUUAACCUGUGUUAUUGUAAGCAAUUGUGUGAAUAAUGUACAAUUACAACACAC